AUGAGUAGAGGUGAAAGAAGUGGUGGUGGGCAAAGCUCCUUGAAUUACCUCUUUGGGUCGGAAGAGAAGCCAAAGCCUUCUUCUCCUCCAAAGACAGUUUCAUAUUCAUUGCCACCUUAUGGCAUUGAAAUGGAUAAGGAUAAUCCUCCUAUCGCUCAUCUUCCCCCUUCCUCUGACCCUUCUCAGGGCCAACACUUGGGAAGCGUUCUGACUAAUCGUCCCUCCACAAAAGUCAAAUCGGUUCCUGGUGGACACUCAUCGCUUGGAUACUUGUUCGGAGACAACUUUGAAUUUCAUGGGUUGCAAAGUUCUGGUCUGUUUUUCUUGUUACAAGUUCUUAAUCAAGGGAGGGUGUCAUGUGAGCGGCUUGUUUCUGCGAUUAGAAACGCAGUCACGAGAUUGGCCAUGCAAGGUGAAAUUUGGCAGUUCAUGGAUGUGUUGUUCUGGUUAUGUGUUCUUUUGGUUGCUUUGCCAAACGUGGCUGUAGUGGAGAGCCGCAAAGCUCCAGUUCUGGACUACUUUGAGUACUGCGCUAUGAGCUGCAGAGCUUAUAGUGCCUCAGUGGAAGAAUUUGGAGGGGUUGGUGAUGGAACAACUUUGAACACAAGAGCCUUUCAGGAAGCCAUAUAUCACCUGAGUCAGUAUGCAUCAAGUGGAGGGUCUCAACUUUAUGUUCCCCCAGGAAGAUGGUUAACUGGCAGCUUCAAUCUCACGAGCCAUUUCACUUUAUUCCUACACAAGGAUGCUGUGAUUCUUGCCUCUCAGGAUGAAAAUGACUGGCCCGUAAUUGAUCCCUUGCCAUCUUAUGGUAGAGGGAGGGACACCCAAGGUGGAAGGUUUAGCAGCCUAAUUUUUGGAACCAACCUCACUGAUGUAAUCGUAACUGGGAACAAUGGCACAUUAGAUGGACAAGGUGAUCUGUGGUGGCAAAAAUUCCACAAGGGGGAGCUCAAUUAUACCCGGCCUUACCUGAUUGAAAUCAUGUACUCAGAUAAUGUUCAGAUAUCCAAUCUCACUUUGGUGAACUCUCCAUCGUGGAAUGUUCAUCCAGUAUACAGCAGCAACGUUGUUGUUCAAGGGCUCACAAUUCUUGCUCCUGUGACAUCUUCAAAUACAGAUGGAAUCAACCCUGACUCUUGCACAAACACAAGAAUUGAAGACUGUUACAUUGUAUCUGGGGAUGACUGUGUGGCUGUGAAGAGUGGUUGGGAUGAGUAUGGUAUAGCUUAUGGAAUGCCAACAAAGCAGCUUGUAAUCAGAAGACUCACUUGUAUUUCUCCAUUCAGUGCUGUGAUUGCUUUAGGAAGUGAGAUGUCUGGUGGGAUUCAAGAUGUUAGGGCUGAGGACAUUGUAGCCAUCAAUUCAGAAUCAGGGGUUAGAAUCAAAACUGCUGUAGGAAGAGGAGGAUAUGUUAAGGACAUAUAUGUUAGAAGAAUGACCAUGAAAACCAUGAAAUGGGCAUUUUGGAUGACAGGAAAUUAUGGGUCUCAUGCUGAUGACAAAUAUGAUCCUAAUGCACUUCCUGUGAUUCAGAACAUAAACUACCGCGAUAUGGUUGCUGAGAAUGUCACUAUGGCUGCGAGGUUGGAGGGUAUCUCUGGUGACCCUUUUACUGGAAUCUGCAUAUCUAAUGUAACCAUUCAACUGGCAAAGAAGGCUAAAAAAGUUCCAUGGACUUGCACUGAUGUUGAUGGGAUUUCAAGCGAUGUCACUCCUGCACCAUGUAAUCUGUUGCCAGACCACGGAGAAGAGAAAAUUGGAACAUGUACCUUCCCAGAAGAAAGUUUGCCCAUCGAAGAUGUCCGGGUUCAAACGUGCACUUAUAGUAGGAAUUUAUGA